CUACAAUUGAAGCAGAGGGGAGACACAAAGAAAGCCCGAAGAUGCUGCAGAUGAUGUUUCUCGGAAAGCACCACCGCCUUUCUCUGUUCUUUCAGAUUUCUUUCCCGCUUUCUUCCCUUUUCCCUUUCGCUCCCUCAAUCCUUUAUCCGUUAAGAAUCCUUCAUCCCUCCAUGAAUUUAGAUUAUUUAUUUCCUUCCAACUGCCGGUUCCUUUCAGUUUAUAUACUGCCAUUAAUCAAAGCACACGAGCUCCAGAUUCAGAUCUCGAGCUUGAAGACGAGGUUUGGAAUUGGGUGAGUGUUAGUUUGUCUGGGAAAAUGCAGACACGGUACAUGGAAAGAUCUGGUAGCAUGGCCCGGGAGAAACGGCCACUCAAUCCCAGUUGCACUGAAGAAGCUCAGCCUCCUCAAAAACGCCCUGCUCUGGCCAGUGUGAUUGUUGAAGCCUUGAAGGUUGACAGUAUGCAAAAGCUUUGUUCAUCAUUGGAGCCAAUUCUUCGGAGAGUUGUAAGUGAAGAAGUGGAGCGCGCUUUGGCUAAGUUGUGCCCUGCCAAACAUAACUCAAGGGUUUCUCCUGAAAGAAUAGAAGGACCGGAUGGUAGAAGCUUACAACUCCAGUUCAGGUCUAAACUAUCCUUACCUCUCUUUACAGGAGGAAAGAUAGAGGGAGAACAAGGAUCAGCCAUUCAUGUUGUUUUGCUUGAUGGAAAAACCGGACGUGUUGUGACAUCAGGUCCAGAAUCCUCAGUCAAACUGGACAUCAUAGUACUUGAAGGAGAUUUCGACAACGAAGAUGAGGAAGGGUGGAGUCAAGAAGAAUUUGAGUCUCAUAUAGUGAAAGAGCGUGAAGGGAAGAGGCCGCUUCUAACAGGGGACCUGCAAGUGACCUUAAAAGAAGGGGUAGGCACCCUUGGUGAAUUGACCUUUACUGACAAUUCUAGCUGGAUUAGAAGCAGAAAGUUUAGAUUAGGUGUGAAGGUUGCACAUUCGGGGGAUUAUUGUGAGAAAAGUCGGAUUCGGGAGGCUAAAACAGAAGCCUUUACUGUCAAAGAUCACAGAGGAGAAUUGUACAAGAAACAUUAUCCACCAUCAUUGAAUGACGAAGUUUGGAGGUUGGAAAAGAUAGGAAAGGACGGAUCUUUUCACAAGAGGCUAAACAAAUCUGGAAUAUAUACGGUGGAAGACUUUCUACGGCUUGUUGUUAGAGACACGGGGAGGCUUAGAAGUAUUCUUGGAAGUGGAAUGUCAAAUAAGAUGUGGGAUACUCUUGUGGAGCAUGCAAAGACAUGUGUUCUAAGUGGUAAACUCUAUGUGUACUAUGCCGAUGACACGAGGAAUGUUGGGGUUGUUUUUAACAAUGUAUAUGAACUGUGCGGAUUGAUUGCUGGCGGAAACUAUCGUUCCAUUGAUUCUCUUUCUGAAAGCCAAAAGGUGUAUGUGGAUGGCUUAGUGAAGAAGGCAUAUGAUAACUGGAUGCAUGUGAUUGAAUAUGAUGGCAAAUCACUGUUAAUCCUCAAUGACAAUAAGAAUUCAGUAUCUAUUCCAAAUGGUCCCAUACUUGCCUCACAGAACCAUUCAUACUCUUUCCCUAAUCACCAAAACCUACCAACUCUCCCAUCUUCAACAAUUCCUUCAAAGCAGCUUCGUGCAGCCACAGGACCACCACACAUGGGAGGGUACAAUGACAGUUCGAGUUGGAAAUUUGCGACGCAGUCUCAUCACAACAUGAAUCACAUAAAUGAUCCAUUUGAGAAUCAGUCAGUUGGCACAUCAAGACAGACUGUGGUGGCUGUUAGUAGAUUUCCCCAGACGUCUCAGAGCUUUCAAACUCCUGCAGCCACAUCAAACUUUGCUUGUGACAAUAAUAAUAAUUUCCUGACAGAGGAAGAAAUACGGCUGAGGAGUCAUGAGAUGCUUGAGAAUGAAGAAAUGCAGCACCUUCUCCGCGUUUUCAGCAUGGGUGGGGGCCACUACAGUCAUGCUUUUAAUAAUAAUAAGAUUAAUAAUCACGACAGUGAUGUCAGCGAAGAAGGGUGUUACAGAAACCCCAACGACCCAUAUGCAUUGCCAUCGGAGUUCACGGGGACGAUGAUGUCACCAUUGCCCAAUGUGAUGCCAUCAUUGACAUUUGGGUAUGGGGAAGAGUACCGGAGGCCACGUUCUUCUUCAUCUUCUUCGUCUUCGUCUUCUUCGGGAAAAGCUGUUGUGGGGUGGCUGAAGCUGAAAGCAGCACUGAGAUGGGGCAUCUUCAUCAGGAAGAAAGCUGCUGAGAGGAGGAGAGCACAGAUUAUUGAAUUGGAUGAUGAUGAUGACUUGUAGUGCUUGUUUGGCAAAAGCUUCAGCGUUUUGAAAAAGCUAUUUUUCAAAGUUAAUCUCUACCAUUAGAAUCUUAUCCAAAACGCUAACUGAAAAUGUCAUUUCCAAAGAAGCCGUAGUCAGUCAUAUAUGCUGUUCCAAAUGAGCUUUUUCUCAGCAGAAUAUGACUCUCUAUGGCUCUCCAAAAUUUUUCUUCUGGUGCGUGUUGUUGGCUCAGAAAUUGGAGUAUUGUUGUAAUAGUGAAUGUGUAAUGCUUGCAUUUUCUCCUUUUUUUUAGGAAAUGAAAUUAGCUAGUUUUUGUAUCAUCAAGUCUUUUCCCUUUUGGAUGGAAAAAUAAAUAAAGCAUUCUCACACAA